AAUGCGCCUGGAACAGAUUCUAUGAAUGGCAUGUACGCAUUGCUUUUGUUUUCGAUCAAAAAACUUUUAUCAGAGGACAAACAAACAUUCGAUUUUUUCAGUCAAUUCUCAUUUUUUGUUGGAGAAAAGUCAAUCAGAAUCAAUUAUGAAUCGUGUUUUUGGUAAUCGAGCAACGUUGUCCAAUUUGAUGGUCAACAUCAACAAAGCUUCUUCGCGAAACAUGAGUGGGGAAUGGGGAUCUGGUUCUGGCAAAGGUGGCGGAACCGGUGGAUCUGUACGCGAUGCUGGUGGUGCAUUCGGCCGAAUGGAAGCAGCACGUGAAGAGGAGUUUUUCCGUCGCAAACAACAAGAAGAACUGGAAAAAUUAAGAAAAGCUUUGGAUUCACAACGUCAGGAAUUGGAAAAACAAAUCAAAGAACAUGAGUCUGAAAUUGAGCGUUUGCGUAAAAUUCAAAAAGAAGGCCAAUGAACGAUUGUGAUUCGAAACAGAAUUCAGAAGAAACAGAACUUCAACCAAUUUGCAAACGAGAUAAGAGAUGAUUGAACAGAUUUUUGUCGUUUUUUUCUGUAGAAAAAAACAAAUCCCAUUGUAAUUAAUAAAAUGAUAAAUUAGAGCAACAAA